AUGGAAUGGCAGUGGGGCGGCGCUGGUGGUACAGAAAGGGCAGCCCCUUGCCUAAGGAAGCCCUUCCACUUGGCCAGAAUGGAGCAGCCGAAGGGGGUUGAUUGGACCGUUGUCAUCCUGACGUGUCAGUACAAGGACAGCGUCCAGGUUUUUCAGAGAGAGCUGGAGGUGCGGCAGAAGCGGGAGCAGAUCCCAGUGGGGACGCUGUUACUGGCCGUGGAGGACCCCGAGAUACGGGUGGGCAGUGGAGGAGCCACUCUCAACGCCCUGCUGGUGGCUGCUGAACACCUGAGUGCCCGGACAGGCUUCACUGUGGUCACGUCUGAUGUCCUGCACUCGGCCCGGAUCCUCAUUCUGCACAUGGGCCGAGACUUCCCCUUCGAUGACUGUGGCCGGGCCUUCACCUGCCUUGCUGUAGAGGACCCCCAGGCCCCCGUGGAAGCCCUGGUCUGCAACCUGGACUGCUUGCUGGACAUCAUGACCUACCGGCUGGGUCCAGGCUGCCCGCCAGGCGUGUGGGUCUGCAGCACCGACAUGCUGCUGUCUGUGCCUCCAAAUCCAGGGAUCAGCUGGGACGGAUUCCGGGGAGCCAGAGUGAUCGCCCUUCCAGGGAGCCCCGCCUAUGCUCAGAAGCAUGGUGUCUACCUCGCUGACUCCCAGGGCUUCGUGCUGGACAUUUACUACCAGGGCACGGAGGCAGAGAUUCAACGGUGUGUCGGGCCUGAUGGGCGGGUGCCACUGGUCUCUGGGGUUGUCUUCUUCUCAGUGGAGACUGCUGAGCACCUGCUAGCCACCCACGUGAGCCCGCCCCUGGACGCCUGCACCUACAUGGGCUUGGACUCUGGAGCCCGGCCUGUCCAGCUGUCUCUAUUCUUCGACAUCCUGCUCUGCAUGGCUCAGAACGUGAGCAGGGAGGACUUCCUGGUGGGGCGGCCCCCGGAGUUGGGGCAAAGGGACGCGGACGUAGCAGGUUAUCUGCAGAGUGCCCGGGCCCAGCUGUGGAGGGAGCUUCGUGAUCAGCCCCUCACCAUGGCAUAUGUCCCCAACGGCAGCUACAGCUACAUGACCUCCUCAGCCAGUGAGUUCCUGCACAGCCUCACGCUCCCCGGGGUCCCCAAGGCCCAGAUCGUGCACUCCCAGGUGGAGGAGCUGCAGCUCCUGGCGGCCGGGAGCUCCGUUGUCAGCUGCCUGCUGGAGGGCCCCGUCCGGCUGGGUCCUGGGAGUGUCCUGCAGCACUGCCACCUGCAGGGCCCUGUUCACAUCGGCGCCGGCUGCUUCCUGAGUGGCCUUGACACGGCCCAGUCCAGGGCUCUGCAUGGCUUGGAGCUGCAUGACCUUGUCCUCCAGGGACACCACAUGCGACUCCAUGGCUCUCCGGGCCGUGCCUUCACCCUCGUUGGCCGUCUGGACAGCUGGGAGAGGCAGGGGGCAGGCACAUACCUCAACAUGUCCUGGAGGGAAUUCUUCAAGAGGACAGGCAUUCGAGACUGGGACCUGUGGGACCCAGACACGCCCCCCGAGGAGCGUUGCCUUCUCAGUGCCCGCCUCUUUCCCGUGCUCCACCCCUCGAGGGCCCUGGGGCCCCAGGACGUGCUGUGGAUGCUGGACCCACAAGAGGAUGGGGGCGAGGCCCUACGGGCCUGGCGCGCCUCCUGGCGCCUGUCCUGGGAGCAGCUGCAGCCCUGCGUGGACCGGGCUGCCACACUGGCCUCCCGCCGGGACCUGUUCUUCCGCCAGGCCUUGCGGAAGGCGCGGCACGUGCUGGAGGCCCGGCAGGACCUCAGCCUGCGCCCGCUGAUCCGGGCUGCUGUCCAGGAGGGCUGUCCUGGGCCCCUGCUGGCCACGCUGGACCAGGUUGCAGCUGGGGCAGGAGACCCCGGUGUGGCAGCGCGGGCGCUGGCCUGUGUGGCCGAUGUGCUGGGCUGCAUGGCAGAGGGCCACGGGGGCUUACGGAGUGGGCCAGCUGCCAACCCAGAGUGGAUGCGGCCCUUUUCGUACCUGGAACAUGGAGACCUGGCGGGGGGUGUGGAGGCACUUGCCCAGGAGAGGGACAAGUGGCUGAGCAGGCCGGCCUUGCUGGUGCGAGCGGCCCGCCACUACGAGGGGGCCGGGCAGAUCCUCAUCCGCCAGGCUGUGAAGUCAGCCCAGUGCUUCGUCUCCACGGAGCCGGUGGAGCUGCCGGCGCCUGGGCAGUGGGUGGUGGCUGAGUGCCCGGCCCGCGUGGAUUUCUCUGGGGGCUGGAGUGACACACCACCCCUCGCCUAUGAGCUCGGCGGGGCGGUGCUGGGCCUGGCUGUGCGCGUGGAUGGCCGCCGGCCCAUCGGGGCCAGGGCACGCCGCAUCCCAGAGCCCGUGCUGUGGCUGGCGGUGGGGUCUCGGCAGGACGAGAUGGCCGUGAGGAUACCGUGCCGGAGCCUGGAAGACGUGCAGGAUUACUGCCAGCCCCACGCCCCAGGGGCCCUGCUGAAGGCGGCCUUCGUCUGUGCGGGCAUCGUGAGCGUCCACUCGGAACUCCCGCUGAGUGAGCAGCUGCUCCGCACCUUCGGGGGUGGCUUUGAGCUGCACACCUGGUCUGAGCUGCCCCAUGGCUCUGGCCUCGGCACCAGCAGCAUCCUGGCCGGUGCCGCCCUGGCUGCCUUGCAGCGGGCCGCGGGCCGGGUGGUGGGCACGGAGGCCUUGAUCCAUGCGGUACUGCACCUGGAGCAGGUGCUCACCACAGGAGGUGGCUGGCAGGACCAAGUGGGUGGCCUAAUGCCUGGCAUCAAGGUGGGGCGCUCCCGGGCUCAGCUGCCGCUGAAGGUGGAGGUGGAAGAGAUCACUGUGCCUGAGGGCUUUGUCCAGAAGGUCAACGACCACCUGCUCCUGGUGUACACCGGCAAGACCCGCCUGGCACGGAAUCUGCUGCAGGAUGUGCUGAGGAGCUGGUAUGCCCGGCUGCCCGCCGUGGUGCAGAACGCCCACAACCUGGUGCGGCAAACUGAGCAGUGUGCCAAAGCCUUCCGCCAAGGAAGCCUGCCCCUGCUGGGCCAGUGCCUGACCUCUUACUGGGAGCAGAAGAAGCUCAUGGCGCCAGGCUGUGAGCCCCUGGCUGUGCGGCGUCUGAUGGAUGUCCUGGUCCCUCACGUGCAUGGCCAGAGCCUGGCAGGGGCAGGUGGUGGGGGCUUCCUCUAUCUGUUGACUAAGGAGCCGCGGCAGAAAGAGGCUUUGGAGGCUGUGCUGGCCAAGACCGAGGGCCUUGGGAAUUGCAGCGUCCACCUGGUGGAAGUGGAUACUCAGGGCCUGAGCCUGAAGCUGCUGGGCUGUGAGGCCUCAACCUGAUGCCCGUUCCCACGAGGCUGGUCCUUUGCUGCAAGGAAACCUGGAGCUGCAGCGGCCCCUCCCUCCCUCCCCCCACGGGAGUUCUCUGCCUCCUACUCCUCAGCCACCUCUGCGCAUCUGCUCCCAAAGCAAGCAGACUUGGCAAGCAGAGACGGUGCUUGGGAUAGGACUGUGACCUGGCUGACAGCAGCCUUCGCUUGGCCUCUAUACUACUUGGACAUAGGAAGGUCCUAAGCUUAGUGUCCUAUGUGGCCUUUACCAAUCCCAUUGCCCAGCUUGGGCCCUGGAAGAUGACAACCAGCCUUAGCAUAUGGCUGGGGGUCCCUAGGUAAGGCCAGCCCUGACGUGGUCCUUUGAGUCAUUUUCUGUGGCCUUCCUUAGAGGUGUAGAGACUUCACGCUCAACCCUCAUGAGAGACCGAGAGUGAGGGUGGGGGUCCAUUGCCAAGUCUGUGGCAGUGAGCCGAUGAGUCACUGUCAACCCAGGCCUUAACCAGCAACACUAAGGACUGUGCCAAGUGACCUGGUGCCGGUGGGCAAUGGGUUCUGUGAUAUGCUUAGAAUAAAUUCACUGCCCUUCCAGGUUA